AUGGAGGGCAGCGGGAUAACUUAUGGACUUUGGCUGUUCGUCUUCCUCGCGGGAUGUGGGCAGCUGUCGGGUUUCAACCUGGACACCGACAACGUCCUGAAGAAGAGCGGGGAACCGGGCAGCUUGUUCGGCUUCUCCCUCGCUAUGCACUGGCAGACUCAGCCGGUGAAUAAGAAAAUGUAAGAACCACACAUCUGUUCUCUUAGGAGGAUGAGUUUGGAGACGGUUUAUCUCACGGUGCCUCGCGUUGGCUCUGAAAUAAAACCUCUUACAUGUCAUUUAAAUAAGUUUUGUAACCAUGUAAUUAAAUGUUACAGCAAUGUAGACAGCUUAAAGUGUAUUUUGGAUUUUAGUUGCUGCUACACGACAUAAAAUAUCUUCACUAAACCUACUUUUGAGAGCUUUACUAAGCCACCUCCGAUACUAAGGUGCUACCUCCUAUCUAGCCUAACCAUUCAAUCUCAGGUAGCUGUGUCGCAGGUAGUUUCCUGACAGUAUUACUGAAAAAUCUCAACAAACCUUUUCUUUUAACACCGAAGAAGAAAGUACUAAUCAUUAUUCACCGGUUGUUAGUAAAACUUACCAUAGCCUACUAAGUAGGCUUACAGGUUGUUAAUCUUUGUCUGUUUGUGCCUCCAGGUUACUCAUUUUAGAGUUUUAUGGAAAUGCUCCCCCACGUGCCCAUAUCGUUUACAUUUACUUACAUUUCCCUCUCACUGUACCUCGAGGUGAAACCGAGCCUCGGGCACCCAGGUCCAAAACACGCCAUUUAAUCACUCAGGACAUUUUUAUGGACAUUGAGUCAGGGGCUUUUGUCACUCCCGAUAAAGGCUAACUGCCAUCAAGUGUUCACUGGUUUGAAUAGGCUGAAUAUUAACUGACCAGUCAGAAAUGUACAGGUUUGUUUUUCAAGUAACUUGUAAAUCUUUGGUUGUGAUCAGGUCAGUGAUGAAGGGCGUAUUUAGACCCCUUUAUAGUAAAGAUAUCAAACUGCAAAUGUUUUAAGCACGCAGGGAUUGAAGUAACUGUUUACAUGUAUUCUCAUUAGUCUACUGUGAUUGAUUAACUUUAGUGAGUAGCCUACUUGGACUUUUAAAAUCUCUUUUUUCCUAUGGAAAAGUAUUGCUCUUCAAUACAUCUUCUAUAGCAUUAGUAAAUAAUAACUAAAACCAUAUUACUUUCCAUCAACUAAGCCAGUGGUUCUCAACUGGUGGGACCUGACCCAAAAGUGGGUUGCGGACACGUUCUGGAUGCAUCACGAACAGCUGGUCAAAAAAGUAAAUUUUUAAUGCGAUAUUUGUUAGAUAUUCAGUAUUUUCUGUAUGUGCAACUUCAGUAAUUGUCGUCCUCAUGUUGUCCCCUUCAUGUGCUCUGAAAUGCACUUUACGCAAUGAAACAAGUGGAUUUAUGUUAAACAUUAGAGUCCUUAAAGUUUUUUUUAUAAAAAUUUAAUUUGCUUGGUUUGAAUUCUAUAAAAAUGGGUCAGGUGGGUAAUGUGGGUCCCAGAGUGAGACCAGUUGAGACCACUGAAUUAAGCUAUGUGGUUAGAGUAUUGCAGCCCCAAAUCUUUGUCCUAUCCCAAGUAGGUUCAGUACCUCUGUUUAAGGAUGGGUAUUUACAGGCUACUGGUGCAACUCCACACAGUAACAGCAUGUGCCCUAGUCUUGGGAGACACAUGGUGAUAAGCACGAGACCAAAGCCACCUCAGAGAUACCUGGCGUCAAAUUGUGAUAAAUGGAUAUGAGAAAACAGUUCAGGUCGUUUGACCCCAAAAAGAACAAAAUGUUGUGUAGAUAAAGUGUACUAAGUUGUUAGGAGGUGACAAUUACUCAAGUGUUUAAAGUGAAAGACACAAUUUUUAAUAAUGUUUGAUACACCAGCAAGUUCCAGAUUUUGAAAUCUUAAGAUAUGAUUGUUUUCUUCAAGUUUUGACUGCAAUUCUAACAAAUCUUGCGCUGCUUUUUAGAGGUUUUUUUUUUUGUUAAUUAACAGAUAUUUUAUUGACCAGAAAAUUAACCGGUUAAUCUCUGGAAUAUUUAGGAAAAGGAUCAGAUAAUUAGUAUUAUUGAUAAAAAAAAAAAUCUUAAAUAAAUAAACAAUGAAAACUUGUGUAAGUCAGCACAGGUUUCUGGUGGUUUCUGGUAUAUUACUAAUGUUGAUUCGUUUUUUAACAAGUCUUGUGCAAUAUAUAAGCUUGUCUUAACCAGCACUGACUAGUUUGAAUGAUUAGCUGUGCCAUUUGUUGCUUCAUAAGGCAAGUUUAAAUGUGUGUACAUGUUUGAGCAAGAAGUCUUAUUUGUUUUGGAGGUGAAGCUGCUCAAAGUAGAGUUAAAAAGGAGGAAUGUGCUCUCACCGUGGACUGUCUUUGUGUGUGUGUGUGUGUGUGUGUGUGUGUGUGUGUGUGUGUGAUCCAACAGUGCUGAUGCAUGCUGCGGCUGAGCACUGAGGCGUUGCCGUGUUGUCAGUCACUUGGAUGAGUGUCAGGACAGCUCAGAGUGCAGUUGAUACGUUUCUAACCUAAGAGUUGGUUGGAAAAAAAGAUGGACUGAUUGAUAGUUUUUUUUUGCGCUGACAGGGAUUUUCUCCUCCUGGCAGAGUUGGUUUACAUACAUUACAGCAACAUGUGCGCAGAGGAAGGCGUGUGUGCUCGGGACCCCCUCCUAACAUCUGUGUGUCCUCACUGCUGGGUGUGCACACUGAGUCACAACCCUUUACCACCCUUGCAUGCCAGAAAACAUCCUGCGUUGAUGAGGGUUGCAUGUAGCCGCAGGAGAUGAUGGGAUUGUGUUCAUGCAUGUAUGUUUUUUUUGUUUGUGUUUGCCAGAAACAUUCCAUAGUUGGUUGUAACUAGUGUGUGGGGCUGUAUCUAUCAUCAAAUCAAGUUGGAAAGCACAAAAUGCAGGGAUGAAAAGGGGGGAGAUGACGUAUUAACGGUUCAAGAAAGUGUUUGUAGAAACAAGAAAUGACCACAGGGGAUUCUUGAUAAGUAAAGCUUAGACUAGGUAAGAGUCCUUUCCCUCUCUCUUCCUCUGAGGUUACUUCAGGUUAACCAACAUCAAAGGAAAAGAGGGAGAAAUGAUCUUCAAAAAAUCUAAAAAGUGUUACUGAAGGAAUGCAGAAGAGCACAUAAAUCAGAUCUACAUCUGGGCACCAAAUACGAACUGUUAGAUUUCAGCCCUCUUGAUAGAAGAGAGAAGUCAGUUAAGACAUGAUACACUGUAAAAAAAACUGUUGCUGAAGUCAAACCCUCUACUCUCACAAGGAAGGAGAAUUAAAUUUAGCUUAUUUUCUUUUUUCUUUUCUUUGUUUCUUCCUCCAUCUAUAUCCACCUACCUCCAACUUUUCCUCAUCCUGACUAAACUUUGAGCUGUCUCUGUACUGGGUUUGAACACAGGACCAUUUCAUUCAAAGCAGCAGGUGUAACCUUUCUGUCUUUCUAUAUCACAAUUGGGUUAUGUUAGUUCAACAGCACAGCUCAAACAGAUUGAGGACAGCAUUUGGCCCCGCCUUAGAGGGCUCUACUGUUUAAUUUUAUCUUUUCUAUUUCACACUGUGGUGAUUCAAAAACAAAGCCAAGUUUACACUUCUCCAUGCUUGCCACAAGACAUUAUUUUGUCCCGCCACACUGAAGUGCUGCUUUGGUGCUUUUUAUUUGUUCAGGUUUAUCUCCUUUUCAUUGCACUGUGUUGAUUUGAAGGCAUUCGUCAUUGGUAUUUCCAGGCCAUACUUGCUUCAUACAAGCCAUUGCUAGGAUUUGAACCAAAGGGCUGAAAAUUGUUGGGACAUCCAUGCUCCCUGUGACACUAUGCAAGAUAUACUUGUCCAGGGUCAUCUGCUUUUUUAGAGAUUAUGGUGAUUCAAAUGCUCAUUUCUUACCCAAGGACCCAGGACUUUCAGGCUCCACAUGGAAAGGAAACCCCUGCCCGGUUUAGAAUUCACAGCCUACCUAAGACCAUCCGUGAUUACUCUUACAGUAAUGUAAUGCCAUGCAGGGCUUUUUUCAGACAUUUUGGACUAAUAAACUGACAAGAACUUUGUAUACAAGUUGAAAAAGCAUUAGUCUUUGAAAGUUGUCUUUGUUAAGUUAAAUGUUUGGGACAUUAAACAACAGCACUUUUAUGAAUACAGUCACAUUCAACUGGAUCUAACUUCAAGUGAUGAUAAUGGUUACUUACAGAAGUUGUUGAGUAAUCUCCCCCUCCUCUUGAGGACAAAUGUUUUGGUUUUGGUCAGAAUCAAGUGCCAAGUAUGUCUAGACGAGUCCUGUGUUGCUGCAUAUGGGUGGGUUUUGAUUUGCCCUGAAGCUGAGUAAGGUAAAAUCAAUUCAUUGAGAAGUUCAUUAAAAUCCAUUUAUGAUAGAAGAUGAAAAAAUAUGAUUGAAUUACAAAAUUUAGUUGAUGGCAAAUUUAAAUAGAAACCAAAAGAAAGUGUAUUUAUUGGAAGAAAUCUCCUUUCUAACAGUAUCAUCGAAGGGCUUUUUACAGUGUAUGAACUUCUAGAUCUGCAACCCAUUUAGAGGUGAACGCCUCUAGUUGAUUGGAUGGCACUGGGUGUAACUAGGCAACAAGCUGUUUCCAUUGCUGGUGGCCAGUUUUCUGCAAUAAGAGGAAAACACGCCUUUUUCAAUAGGAUGUUUCUGGGUUCUGUGUCGCCCUGUGGUGGGAAAGACGACCUGUGUCCCUCUGAGUUUGUGUUUUUCUACUUUACAGUCACUCACACUCUCUGUGUUUGUCUUUGUCCUUCCUGCAGUCUAAGCCUGUGUGCUGGAGCUUCCUCUGCUGGUGGUAAAUGAUUAGUUAAACAGCAGGGUCACUGUUAGAGAGACAUCGUGUCAGGCCUUAACACAUCAUCUCAGCACUUUACUCCUCAAUAGCAAACAACCACAAUAGUUAUUUUACACUGAGAUAAAGAUGUCUGUUGGAUUAGUCUCAACUUUACACUCUUAAAGAAGGCUUGUUAUUAUCAUUUGGAUCAUGUGUUAGCAGCUUCACUUGACCUUUGAUUGACUAAUAAUCAGUUGGGAUGUUUUGAUAUGAUUUCCUUUCCUGAUACAAGGCGCCUCUAUAAUACUAAGUAGCACACUAAUUAAUUAAUUAAUUCUAUUGGCCAUCUGUAAAAUAUAGAUUAAUGGUCAUUUGCUGAAUAUUGCCCAUUGAUAAUUUGCUAAAGCCGAUGAACAAUCCACCCUUACGUCAGAGGAUAAUUAUCAUGGAGAUGUGCCAACCUAGGAUUCACUGUUAGUUAUCAAAGCUUUUUAUUUUCUUUCAAAAUGAUUUCUCAUUUGCUUUUGACUCAUCUCUGACAGACAGGCACAUGCCUCGAAACUCCUGUGAGGCCUUUUUUAACUUGUGGUUGAAAUGUGUUAGAAAGAAUAGUGAUGCUUCUUUGUGAUGAAAAUAAGCAAAUGAUGUCAACAGCAACAAGAUUGCUGGUUUCAGUUUUGUAUUGUACUGCCUGUAACUGCAGCCUCAGAUGACACACAAGGUGAUUGACGGCUCCAUAACAGCUCUUCAUUUACAUUUUCCAUGGCGAUAAUUUCUUUCACUGUGACUACAAACGAGGAUUAGAUCAAAAAUUACCCUCACACGUACAACACUAGAUCAGUAAAGAAUUGCAAAGAGCCUCAUAGGAGCUUUAAUAAUUUUACUGCGAGUGAAUAUUUGUUUUCCUGCACGAAUAAUGUCACAGUUACUUACUUUCAGUCUGUGUGGUAACUAGUGUCUGGUGUCUUUCCUAUUGUGGUUUGAAGAAAGCUGAUUUGGACGUUUAAUUGGUAGGAUAACUGCACAAAUGAUCAUUUUCUGGUUUUGGAAACAAAGCCAAACCGAUCCAGUGGUUACAGUGGGAUAAACAGUGUCAAAACAAAGUUCAUCGCUUCUGUUGUGAUAAACUGUCUGUUUGCAUUUGAUGAAAUAGACUCUCUCUUGCUUUUCCCCAAUAUCUCAUGAAAAUGCCUAAAAACUACAAUGUAAAAAAUGCCUUUUGCAUGUCAUAUGAAUGAUUUAACUAAAUUUGCAAGUCUGUGUAAUUCCUACUGUAGUCAAUAUUCAUGAUUACUUAGUCAUACUUGCUGUCUGUGCAGUAAGUGUUCACAGUGUUAGUGGUGAGGUCUUCUCUCCAGACAUGCUGAUCGCAUUAAACCUCAGCUCCACACUCUGACUACUUUAUGUCUCUGAACGCUCUCUCCCAGAUGUUGUGUGUCUGAGAAUUCUUAGCGUUCCUGCUAAAAAUGGCUUUUGCUUAAUCUUAUCGAGUGAAGACAGUGUGCUGUUCUACAUUAACCAUGAAGGUCAAUGCAAGCCAGACUGAAGAUAGAGAGAGAAAAGCAUUUGGAGACAGUGUGUGACUGUACGUGAUCUGUGCUGUAGAAGCUCCACAAAGCAUCAGUUGACGAGCUGACAUCUUUGGGUUGUUUGAUUUACUCCUUAGGAAACUCUGGAUGCACAUCUUCAAGACUCGGGCGUGGCAUUUGGCCUUGUCCUUGUCUACAACAGCAGCCACUGUGUGUGUGUGUGUAUGUGUAUAUAGACAGAGAUAGAAAGCCUGGUUCAGCCCAGCCCAGCAGGCAUUUGAAAGAGGUCUUUGACUUAUUCGUACGGCGAGGACAUGGAACAUCAGUUUGGUGGCGGAUGCGGAUGUGUGCGUGUGUGUCUGUGUUUGGUUGCAUUUAUGUGUGUGAGUAUGGCUGCUGUGUGACAGUGACUGGAAUGUGUGAUACUAGCAUAAUCUUCAAAACAGGAGAAAUGCCAGAAAGCUUCACUUUCUGAGCCCUGAAUGACUCAUGAUUUCUGCUGUUUUUCACAAAUAAAGAAAUCAAUGACUCGUUUGUCAAAAUUAUUUCUUGGUAUGAAAUUUUGCCAACAAGAAACACAGCUCUGAGUGUGAAAUAUAUGGGAAAUAACUGAACGUGGAAGAGCCAAAAUUAACGCUUGAAGCAAGUGAGAGUCAAAAAAGGAACAAGUAAAAUUAAAGUAGCAGUAAGAGUUUAAGUAAGAUAUGCUGCACCACAAGAAAAUUGACAAUUAAUUGAACAGAUUGCAUGAAAUGAGGUGUGAGAAACCUGAAAAUGGUGAUGAUCAAAAUAAACAAUAAUGCUUGAAAUCAAUGUGUCUGUGUGUGUUUGUGUGUUGCAGGCUACUGGUAGGAGCCCCGAGAUCUAAAGCCCUGAAAGGGCAAAAAUCCAGCGUGACGGGAGGACUGUACAAAUGUGACAUGAGCGUCAACUCGCCUAACUGUGAAAGAAUUAUAUUUGACAACAGCGGUGAGAUAACGAUAGUGGUGACACCUAAACCUUUUUUUUUUUUUUUUACUAUAAUUUACUCUUUUUUUUCUCACUAUUUUGUCUUAUGAAUGUCUUUGUGUCUUUCUAACUUACUCCUGUGUAGAGGAUAGAACCAAAGAGAGUAAGGACAACCAGUGGAUGGGGGUGUCAGUCAGCAGUCAAGGACCAGGAGGAAAAGUUUUGGUAAGACUGUGUUUCAGUGUAUUGAACUAUAAUAUUUAGAUUCAAGAGUUUCAGCUCGGUAGAACAAAAUAAGCUGAUCAGCACAAACAUCAAGUGGAUGAUGGAUAACUUGAUUAUCUGGUAAUUAAUCAGCAAAUUUACCCAAUUUCCCCCCAAGAUAAAUUAAGCCGUCUGAUUCUGAUUUAUUUUGAUUUCUGUCAGCUUCCUGUGGCUUUUACAACAUUGAAAAUACAAUGCGAUCAACAAGCGAGGACAUUUACAGGUUCACUGACUAAAAUACUGGCAAAGUCCUUCACAAUGGAAACAAUCAUUAGUUUGUUUUAUUUUAACUUACUGCUAAGUCUUGCAAUUGAAAUAAAAGGUCAAAAAUUCACAGAGCUCAAGUUCACAAAUUUAAAUUAGUCGUUUUAUCCGACAAACCAUCGAAAAUGCAAAGUAAUUCAGCCUUAACCCUUACUCUUUAAGAAUCUGAAACUAGUAGGUUAUGUGUUUUGUUUAAUCAAUGGUUCAAAGAAGUGAAAUUUUUUUUAAAAAUGCUGAUUUAUACUGUAUUAAACACAUGAUUUAUAGCUCAUCUUGUAUUUAACUUUUGAAGAAAAUAUUCAGUGAUGGUCCUGAUUCUGUUUCUCCCGGUAGACCUGUGCCCAUCGAUACCAGCGCAGAGCCAAUGUUGGCAAUAUUGGCCUCGAAACCCGUGACAUUAUUGGCCGCUGUGUCGUGUUGGGUGAGGACUUGACCAUCGAUGGUGGCACAGAUGAGGAAGGAGAUAACUGGCAUUUUUGUGAGAGCCGGCCAAGAGGCCAUGAAAUGUUUGGCUCCUGCCAGCAGGGCGUCUCUGCCACCUUUGACAAACGGUACCACUACCUCAUCUUUGGAGCUCCUGGAGCGUACAACUGGAAAGGUAAUCAGCUGUUUAUUCCCAAAAUUUUUCUUCCUGCUCAUCAAAAUUUUUUCCUUUAAGGCAUGUUUUUUUCUUCACUCUGAAUUCUUCAUGCAUUGUUUGUCUUUUGUAGGAAUUGUACGCCUGGAACAAAAAAAUUAUACGCUGUUAGAGAUGGGUAUCUAUGACGAUGGUCCUUAUGAGGUUGGAGAUGAGAAUGAAAAGAACCCUGAUCUGGUCCCCAGUCCUCCCAACAGCUAUCUGGGUAAACUACCACCUGCUCUUUCCAUUCACUGCUAAGUAAACCCUGUUUCUUUAGUUCUCCUAAAAUUCAGGUUCAAGUGUAUCUGACCAUGUAGUUAAGCUUUGGUUUGAUGCUCACAGGCUUCUCUCUGGACUCUGGGUCAAGGCUGACAGACAGCGAUCUGACAGUGGUGGCAGGGGCUCCAAGAGCACACUUCAGCGGGGAAGUAGUGCUGCUGAAAAAAGGCGUAGAUCGUAACAUCAUGCUGGAGGAGUUCACCCUGAAAGGAGAAGGGCUAGCCUCGUCCUUUGGCUAUGAUCUAACCGUGCUGGAUCUCAAUAAGGACGGGUAAGGCUGGUUCAAACGACCUCUGACUUCCUUUUAAAAAUCGCUCCACUCUUGAAAACAUCAUGUUUUGUUUGAUAGUUGGCAGGAUAUAGUUGUGGGAGCGCCUCAGUACUUUGAGAAGGAGGGAGAAAUUGGAGGAGCCGUAUAUGUCUUCAUCAACAAAGCAGGAAAAUGGAACACAGUCAAACCCAUCAGAAUAGAUGGACCUCAAAACUCCAUGUUUGGCCUGUCAGUCAAACACCUGGGAGAUAUUGAUCAGGAUGGCUAUAGUGGUGAGGCUGUAAUAUUUGCUUUCAUACAAAUGUGUCCCUAUCCUUGGGUUAAAUGUAGAUACCUGUAUAUCCACUGCUGUAAAGUCACUGUUGUUCCUUUUGCUGUCAGAUUUCGCAGUGGGAGCUCCUUAUGACGACGAUGGCGCUGGGAAGGUUUACAUCUUUCAUGGAUCAAAGACAGGACUCAAAUCUCUAGAAGCUGUACAGGUAUGCAGUGAGGGGGAUUUUUUUCCUUUAGCAGGGAUCCUCAACUGGUUUUAAGAAAAUUAUCAACAUUUUUUAUCAAACAUUUUUUACCAAUUAUGUUUCAAAGAAGUUUUACUUGAAAAUGAAGUACCAAAAAAACAUUAAAUCAAAAUUAGAGUAGUGCUCGAGUCCUUACAGGUUCACACAGAAUAACAUUAUGUUAAAAUCUUGUUAGAGAAAUUGAUCAAAUCUUGACCAGCAGUAAGUCAUUGAAAUUAUUUCUUGUAAUGAAAAGUUGUUUACCUUUUUUUUUUUUUUUUUUUUCGCUCCAGACUGUCUCUGGCCGGGAUGUGAAAGCCAAGAUGUUUGGUUACUCUUUGGCCGGCAACAUGGACCUGGAUGAAAACUCUUACCCCGACCUGGCUAUUGGAUCGCUAUCCGAUGCUGUAUUUGUCUACAAGUGAGUGAACUGGUGACAAUUCCUCCCUGAUAUUUCAGAUAGUGAUAAAUUGAAGUACUCACUGAGUUCUGCCCUCUCAGAACACGUCCAGUCAUCAGCAUCAAGAAGGAAAUCACGUUCACCCCCGAAAAAAUCGAUUUCACCAAAAAGAACUGCGAGCCCAACUUCUGGUAUGAGUCUUUGAAUUUUAUACUCUUAUCUAAUUGUACACAAAACUCAUCAAAAGAUUCUACACAAAGCGGUUAAAUUUUUGUAUCAGUCUAUGAAUGAACUCUACUGUGUUCUCAGCUUGGAUGUCGAAGCAUGCUUCACCUACACUGCGAACCCGAAGAGCGUAUCCACAAAAAUGAGUAAGUUAGCCGUUCAUUAUUAAAGGGAAAAUGUCAUAUAAAUAAACAGAAAUGUACUCCUGAGAAAUUAAGAUCAAGCAAACCUAAAAUAAGAACCAAGAACAACAUUUCUGCUUCUGUUUUGAAUUUUGUGUCACUUAUCCAUCCUUUUUCCUUCUUUGUGUUCGUCCAGACGUGGCGUACUCUAUGCAAGCUGACGCUGACCUAAGGGGAAAAAAACUGAACUCCAGAGCGUAUUUCACUGGUCCUUCAGGUAAUAGCUUUGAGUCCAAUGGAGUUAUCACCAUAGACGGCCAAGGAAAGAAACAAUGCGUGGUGCGGAAGCUUACCAUACAGGUAUUGACGCUCUGGAUAUUUUUCCCUCUUAUUUUCCAUAAAAGUGUUUUGUUGGUGGUGUGUAAAGUUAUUAAAUAUCAUUCUACAGGAAGACAUUCGAGACAAGUUGAAUGGGAUCCCCGUCGAUGUUUCUGUGAAAAUCCAGGAUUCCAAACGUAAACGCAGACAGGGCUCGACAUCUCCGACACCGAUCUUGGAUGCCACGGAGCAUGCUACAACUCGCUCUGAGGUAAUAAUACACAAUAAUAAGGGUUAUGUAGGGCUGCAACUUCACUCUGCACUUUAUCUUGAAAGUAUAUAAAAUUUUUAAAUAGUGUGAACAAAAGCUUGUCAAAAUGUGGAACCUGAAAUGACCUCAAGAAAUUGCUUUCUCUGCUAAACCAACAGCCCCAAACAAAAAUACUCUGCCUUUGCCAUCGUAAAUGACAAGAAAAGGAAGAAAUCACUUCAAAUCAAAAUCUGCAUAAGACAAAUGUUGGAUUUUUGACUUAAAAAAUGACCAAAACUACUCAUAUGAUCAAAAUCUGUUUUUUUUAAUAUGGUUUUAGGUGAACUUUCUGCAGGGGGGAUGUGGCCAGGACAGUGUUUGUCAGAGCAACUUGCAGAUGACUUAUCGCUACGGCCAUAUGCUAAAGGCGGGAGAACCGUUCAAACCUCUUCCAAUGUGAGAAGACAAACAUUCACACAGACACACCAAAAAGACACAGAUAGUCAUGCAUUGCCGAAGCAAAAAUGGGAAGAGUACAGGCCUUGAGAUACAGUAAAUACAGUAAUACAGUAAAUUAAAACCAAACUUUCAAUACAAUACAAUGUGAUACAAUGCAACCAAUAAAUUAAGAUACGCUAAGAUACAUCAAUUACCAUACACUAGAUUUAAUCUGAUAGUAUGUAAAUUAUGUGGGGGUACCACCCUAUACCAUAUUUCACCAUGCAAUAAGAUAUCCUAUAAUUACAAAACACUUGAUCUCAAGUGCUGCAGGCAUUCAGCUGCUUUAACAGAAGAACUGAGGAAUAAAAACAGUUUGAACAAGAGUACAUGGCAAUGAAAACAACCAUGAACCAUGAACAACAUACAGUACCCUGUGUAAGUCAGUACACCCCCUAUUUAAAGUAAUGUAUUACUCAAUAUCUAGAUGAGCAAAAGUACAAUUUCCAAAGUUUUGACAAAGUUUAACAUAACAUUCUAUUUACAAUAAGAUAAAAAUAAGGGUGAUAUGGUAACAAAAAAUUAGCUUUGCUCCAGAACUUUGUUUGGGGUGUACUUAUUUUUUGCAUCAUGAUUUUAAAUUUAAAAAAUACUUUUUUGUAUGUAACUUAAACAAUCUUGUUUGCAAUCAAUAGUCUACAUUUGGGGGCCUACAUUUUCUGACAACUCUGACGGGGUGUACUCAUUUAUGCUGAGCACUGUAUAUUGUACAUUACCUGUAUCUCACAUGUGUAACAUAAAACACAGCAAUCCUAAGUGGAGUGAAAAGAAGACCUCCAUAAAGCCAUUGUACAACCACUGUGGCCACAAAUUUUGCAUACAAUCUAAAAAAAAAAAAAAAAUGAAAUUUUCCAUUGACGCAAAAUUCCAAUCAAAAAAUUAAAAGCAUAAAUGUGAUGUCCAAUUUGAAAAUGCAAGGAAUGGGUAUAAGAGAUGUUUGUGUUGAGAGCUUAAGGGCGAAAAGCUAAAUACACAGGCGCACACAUAAGUAUAUGGAUUCAUAACUUGAUUGUCUGUCUGAAGGGAGGAUGGAUUGCCGGUGAUUUCACCCAACGAGCACAAGCAAAUCACCUUAGAAGUUCAGGUGACCAAUCAGGGAGGGGAUGAUGCACACGAAGCCUCUGUGAUUGCCUCCUUCCCACGCUCACUUUCCUAUGAAUCUUACGACUCCAUGGCUAAUGUGAGUGUCUCUUUCUCUGUCUCUGCUGUACCCACACCAACAGACGAAAACAUGCCCGGCUGUAGUUCUAACUGGAAAUAAUGUCUUUAAUCUUUGACUUCAGGGGCCGCCGGUUGCCUGCACUGCAAAUAGGAAUGGUUCUAUGGUUGAUUGUGAGCUUGGAAACCCCUUCAGACGUGACGCACAGGUGAGACAAAAUCUCCUAGCAAGGUUAACCUCCUCUGCAUAGGUGGCAUUUUGAAUUUUGAUCUAUCUUUUUUUUUGUGCAUGCAGGCAACCGUCUACAUUUAUCUGGACACAUCAAGCCUUUCUUUUGACAACACUGAAGUGGAGAUUGAUCUCAAGCUCGAGACGUAAGCACAUAUACUCACCUUAUUUCACUGAUACUAAGCGGUCGACUCAGAGUAAAAGAUUUUGGAGGGUGUAAAAUAUUUGAAAGCCUGACUUGCUGACUCACAAACUUUGAUUCGACAGGACAAGUGAGCAGAAGAAAAUACCUGCAGUGAAAGCAAAAGCGAAGGUGACCAUCGCACUACAGCUUUCUGUGUCGGGGUAAGAAACACCCUCACACAUACUCUACAGAUCAUCCUUUGAUUCAAACACACAAUAUCAAUCAAUCAAUCUGUAGCGACUGAUUUCCUUCAACAAAAGGCCGCAGGGGUUUAGGUGCGCUCGCAUCUGUGACUCGUUCAAUUAAUUCAGUUAAAAAACACUGAUCCAGGUCCAAACUUAAGCCUUCAAAUGUAAAGUGAUAUGAUGAAAUAAGGGGAGAAGGAUGAGUGAUAAAUGGUCAACAGAAAAUUAUCAGAGCUCACUAAAACCCAUUGUCUCUGACUACACCAGUGUUUUUAAAUAACCCGCCAAACAUCCUGAAACCACACCCCCUAGUGUCAAUCCCUGGAAGUGUCACAUAUAUCAGAAAUCAUAUCCUCCACAAAUAUAUAUUUUGGCUCCUACAUGAUCAAUCUUUAUCUGUAUAGCACUUUUCAUGCACAAAGCCAUGUAGCACGCAGUACUUUACGUAGCAGAAGAACAAAAAAAACAAAGAAUAUCCAAGAAUUCCCACCCCACAAUCUAAGUACUACAGAAACAAAUAUCAAAAUGCAUCAACUUAAAAAGAGCUCCAUUUCGUAGAAACAGGAAUGUUCACACUGAGGAAACACCAUCUUAAAAUUCUUUCAAAUUCAAAAUAUGUAAAAGACCGCAUGACUAAUGGUAUUUCCCUGUGCCUCCAGAAUUGCCCAGCCAUCUCAGGUUUACCUAGCAAGAAAGGCCAAAGGUGAACCAGCCGGGAAGACUGAUAAGACUCUUGGUGCCGCUGUCACAUACCAGUUCAGGGUGAGCAUUGUGAUUUCUGAUUUAAAAGUUUUGUUAUAUCUUCAUUUGAUUUGAUUCUAAAUGUAAAUAUGCUGUAGUCUGAUUAUUAUUCUUAUUAUUAUGAUGUGUGAUCUCGAUUUACAGAUAAGUAAUUUGGUAAAACAACUGGCAGGCUUUGGUACAACAACCCUCAACAUCCACUGGCCAAAGGACACCAGUUCAGGGAACAUGCUGCUUUACCUGAUGAAGAUCAGCUCCACUGGGGUGAAGCAGAUGCAGUGCACUCCUAAAGGGUUGAUCAACCCUCUGAACAAGGUCAAUGAAUGCAUCACAGCAAGACAUCUGACAGCUAAGAGGACAAAUGCCUAGAUUUAUAAGAUAAUGGUAAUUCAGAAAUUUAAGGAACUGUAACUUUAAAGACUGAUGUCUUCUCUUUUUUUAGGAGGUGAACACCAGGGCAAAAAGAGGCACCGAUGAUUCCCUGUGGGAGGGCACAAUUUCCCGUUUAGUUGACAAUAAAAAACAAAAAACUCUGGUAAUACAUGACUAAGCCUUAUUUUCCUUUUAUGUUGUAGUCUUUAUUUGGCUUUUCCUGAAAUUGAAUUGAGAAUAUAGUUGAAAUGUUCUGCUCUUUUCUUCCCUGACAGUCCUGCGACAAUGGGGCUAAAUGUGUGACGAUACAGUGCUCCCUACAAGAGCUGGGCAGUAACGCAGUCAUAACUCUGAACGCUCACCUCUGGGACAGCACCAUCACAAAGGUAACACACAGCUACCUGCAGAAAAAUUACAUGUUACAUGCUGAUUUGUCAUAUAUAUAUAUAUAUAUAUAUAUAUAUAUAUAUAUAUAUAUAUAUAUAUAUACAGCUUCCUUUAUUUAUAAUGCCUGGGAAAGGAGAAAAAAAUGUGUUGUACGUUUGAUUUGAGUUUAUGUAGCUUACAGGUGUAGAUAUAAUUGUAUGUAUACUUGUAUGUUUUUCCUUUCCCUCUUUUUUUACAGUUUACACACUAUGCAGUGCUGUCUGUUGAUAUUAUUUAGUGUCUUCUAAACGCGCGUGGGUUGGGCACUUUGUGUGCGUGACACUUAAAUAAAUAAAUUAGCUAACUAUCACGUUUUUGUUAUAGUUUUAAAAUUUAAAAUACUCUUUUCCAUAGGAGUUAUGAAUGUAGACAAACUUUUCUUUGGGUUGUGACAGCUGGAUUUCCUGGAUUUGUGCUGUUAUCAUGACCAAACCAUUAGGGUCCUAAAAACAUCAAAUGUUUUUUUUUUCUUUCCUUUUUUAAAUGUUUGUAACUGACUGCUAUGAGUCAGCUUCACUGCAUUGUAAUGGGAAAAUUGUGGUAAAUUUCAGGAUGUAUAUUUUAACAGAAUAAAUCUUUCAUAUGUAUCAAAUCUAUUUUAUUUUUGAUUUUUCUAACAGCUUUAUCUUAACUUGAAUUUCUUCCUUUUCCUUCCAAAUAGGAAUUCUCUGGGUUCAGUCCAGUGGAGGUGGUGGUACAGGCCAGUCUGCAGUUUGACAGCACAACGAGGAACGCAGUGGUGGAAAAUGCUGCGACGCAGGUAAAUCAGACACGACAGAGCUGGUACAUCUGUAAGACACAGUUUUUUUUAUUUCAACAGCUGAUGUUACUAUACUGUAUAUCAAAAAUCCAUCGAAAUACCCCAAACCUGAUAAUGUGGAUGUUCUGCUGCUGUGUUGUGUUCCUCAGGUGAAAAUGAAGGUGUACCAUGAUAAACGAGCAGAGGCAGUUUCCGCAGGGGUGCCGUGGUGGAUUAUUUUUCUGUCCAUCCUGUUUGCAUUACUGCUGCUGGGUAUUUUGGCUUAUAUUCUCUGGAAGGUAAGACCAAAGGAUGAGGGACAUGGACCCUCUUCCCUUAUUCAAAAAGUAGCAGGGCACCGUCAUAUUUUGAUGGUCUUUUUUAACAAUACCUUCAGUAAAUAACAGAUUUACACGAAACAUCAGGCACAUUUUCUAACAAUGUUCCUCUCCUCAGUUUAUGAUGAGGAAAAAGAAAGCGGACUCGUCAAUAUGAGAGACUGACAUCAAAAGCAUGAAAAGAAAGAGGGUAAAAUAACCAGGCCGCCCAUGAAUGAGCUCAAUAUUUCUCUCUCUCCCUCCUUAAUGCUACAGAAACUCUGCUGUCUGUCGUUUACCAGUGGGCACUUCUCACCCUUUACCGUAAAUGCUGUAAUAAAGCUGACUGAUGAUUUCUGUGGAGUUCAUUUCUAAAGUUUCUCACUCAUGAUAAUGUGUGGAUUAUUGUUCACCUGCAUGACCAGAGGAGGCGUUGGCUUAUAAGUAACUCUGCAUUGUUCACUGCUCAGAGGAACAACAUCAUGGGGGCUCCUCUGCACCUCUUGGAUUUUCUCUCCUUUAUUUUCUCGCUUAUGCCGUCACUUGGUAUGGAGGUUUCUUUCUUUCUUCAUUCAUGUAUCCUUCUACAAGAGAGGUGCAUCUACACCUUUUAAUGGGUUCAUUGCAUCUCGCCUUAUGCUUGCAAAACUGACUGAUAACAUUAAAUGUCUCAUCCGCCUCCUUUUCUUUCUUAACACCAUAAAGUCUUUGAUGCUUUAUCUAAUAAUUGUUUUUUUUUUCCGUUCCUUCUGACAGUGUGGCUUUUUCAAACGUGCCAACUAUGGAGAGAAGAUUCCCAGUUACAGCGCUGUUUGGAUCAAACGGCAGGACAGGGAAAUAACCUCAGGAAUUGGUACCUGGGAAAGCCCAGAUAAGAAGUCCUGGAUGACUAACGGCUGACAAGAUCUGACUCCACAAAACUUCCUGUUGCUUACUGAAAAACUCACAAUUUUGCUUAUUUUUUCCUGCCUCAUCUUUUGCACAAUGUGGUCUGUAAAUAUAGAAAAAACAACUAUGUAUGGAAAGAAAGCUUUUUUAGGACCUAAUACUUGAUUGAAUGUUCCGAGUCAGGGCCUGACAUGAUUUUAGAAACAGUCUGUUUGAAUCACUGGAAGGAGAGUUGUAUUUGAGAGACGGUCCUGCACAGACAGUCUGUCUGAGCUUGUUUUUGUACAUUUACUACUUUCAUAGUGUUGACUGGGGGGCUGAGGGUGGGAGGUUUUCUGGGUUUUCUGUACAUUUUUUCAGUGUUUUGCAGAAUUAUUUUUAUUUAUUUUUGUGAGGAGUACUUCAUGUUACGUGCCCGACAGGCUCAAGAAUCCAGCGUUGUAGAAACAGUUAAUUUGCCUUUUAAAAAAUAUUUUUUUCCUGUUUAUUUUCUUACCGUGAAUCUACCUGAAUUUUUGGAUAAAACAGCCUUUCCCCUCCUUUGUGCUCAAUGCGGAUCAAGUAAAGGUUCAACAGAGGUUUAUCUACAGCACUUGUGAGAUCAAUUUGUAAAUGAAUUAUCAAG